UAUUUCUCGCUAUGAUGAUUUUUCAAUUUCUCAUUAUUGCUUUUAUUUAAGGGCUAUGGCUGAAUUCAUAACGUGAUACCUCAAUUGCAUAAGGGAUGAUAAAUGUUGUCAAGUGUUGGUAAUUUUUUUUGCUAUUUUUUUACAAGCAUUGUAUUACAUUUGGCGAACAUUUGUUGAAAAUAUUUGUGACAGAACCACAAAUACAAGGGAGUUAUAGCGGUGAGAGUUCAGAAAAAGACUAGCAUAGCGUGUGAGAUGGAGCCUCGAGCUGACGGAUGACGAGUCUCUGCGGGUCACCCGGUGAUGAGAGGUCACCGCCCACCUCGUCCCGCACCGCGGGUCAUCAAUUGGCCUCUCUAACCCCCCCCCCCCCUCCUCGUGAUGGGUGACGAGACGAUGACGCGCGCGUCGCGGUCUCCUCUGUGCCGAGUGUGGGCAGCGAGCUCCAUUCACAGCCUCCGGUCCUCCUGCGCGCGUCAGUGGCAAUCUCCAGGCGUCGAGAGAAUGCCAGCAUACUUAUUCACAACGUUGGUGAUACUUCUAUCUUGCGCUGCAACUAAUUUGGCUGGAAGCAAGUGCAAAUAUGGCGCCAGGGUGAGCCGCCUGCAGGUGACAGCCGAGGGGCUGGUCUCGUGGAGCGCGCCCAAGGCCCCGGCCGCGUGCGCCGAAGCUGGUUGGCGGGUGUGCGCGGGCCUCGUUGGGCCGGCGCCCCACUGCUCCGUGGUCCCGAUGUCCUCCAGAAGCCUGCAACUCGAAGGACUGCUCCCCUGCCGCUGGCACAACAUAUCCGUGGCUGCCGUCGGCACCCUGGGUCAGGCAGCGGCCAUCUUGUUCUUCAUGCCGGGGUUGCCGGCAACGGAUGUGCCUCUGGUCGCGGAGCCGAAGAUGCUGCUGGUGCAGCCCAACCGGGUGGUGGUGACCUUCAACGAGACAGGGUCGUCCCAAGAGACGUGCUUCUCCCACUACACCGCGUGCUGGUCAGCCAAUGGCUCGGCGGAGACCUGCAAGAGGAAGAGGGGCUACGAGGCGCUGGAAACUGGCCGGCUUCAGCUGUGCUCCAACUACACUUUCAGGUUCUGGACCUCGGUGCUGGACAGUGUCAACUCCAGCUACCGGAGCCUUGCCCAGUUCACAGGCGCAGGGGAUGUCCGGGACAUGACGAUAACGACGGUGAGCUCAAACUCCAUCGGGAUCCGCUGGCAGCCUCCGUCUCCAGAAGGCGACUGCGUGGACCACUACUGGGUCGAGCACGACUCGGGCAUCGCCAAGGUCGCCGCCAACACCACGGAACACCUGGUGACGGACCUGCUGCCGUGCAAGCACUACUUCGUGCAGGUGCACGCCGUGUCAGCCCACGGCACGUUGUCCAACGCCGUGCGGCGGAGAGCCAUCACUCGCCCCAGUUUGCCUGGCGUGGUGACGGACAUGCGCGUGGAGUGGACAUCGUCUCGCCGCGUGCUGGUGCGGUGGGUGGCGCCCGCCGACACGCGGUUCUGUCACGUGCGGUACUCGGUGUGCUGGCGCAAGAGCGGCGUGGACAACGAGCGCUGCGCCCGCCGCAAGCUGUCGCCCUACCCGUCCCACGUCAUCGGCAAGCUGAAGCCGUGCACCGAGUACACGGUCAAGGUGGCGGUGCUGGGAGCCGAGAAGGUCCUGGGUGACGCCGCGUCCAUCAGGGCAGUGACAGGUCCCGAGCCAGUCGCCGGUCUGAGGACGGAGCGGCUGCCCGCCGGCCCGAAGGUGCUGCGCUGGGAGGCGCCCCCUUGCGCCGUGUCCUACCAGGUGUGCUGGGGAGCCUGGGGCGGCGCUGGCAGUCACCACUGUGCCAACACCACGAGCACCAGCUUCGCCCUGGCAGAGGGAGACCCCCGCCUCGACACCUUCACCUACAGCGUGGUCGCACUGGGCCCCAGCGGCGCGUCGUCCGACCGGGCUCUGGCGCACGUGGCCUUCUGAAGUGGGACUCUACACCCGACUGUUUCACCACGAGGCCACGGACUACAUGAUCUACAUGAGUUUGAGAUCUCCGUGUUUGGAAAGUACAGUGCCUCGCUAGUGCAAACUGCACUCUGAGAGCUGAUUACAUAAAGUGAGAAUGAAGGCCUCACUGCCUCACCAGGAAGUGGUUAGGACUUCCAACUGUGAAUAUACCUACUAGGUCAAUUCAUUACUGACCUUAGCCACUCGAGGUUUAGUUUAGUGCCUUGCUGGUACUUGUGGCGUACUGACAGCUGCUUUCUUCACCUUGUACUAAAUGCCUCACUGCUUCACCAGGAAGCAGAUUGACUCUAAACUGUGGAUAGACGUUAAGUCUUUAUAAUGUUAGGUGAUUUCUGGUCUUAGUCAUUUCGGAGUUCAAACUAACCUUUAUAAUGCCACGCUGGUGCAUGUAUAAUUCUGACUUCCACUGACUUUACUUCGGACGAAAUAAUUUACUGUUUCACUAGUAAGAAAAUGGACUCUCAGUUGCGAAGAGACUUGGCAUAUUUCCUUAUAAUGUGACAUCAUUACUGAUCUCAGCCAUUUGGAAGUUCUGUAGGCCAGGGCUUAUACUGUGCUUCCUCUCACUUUCGGAAAAACUUCUUAGUCUCCCAACAUUUUUUUAAAGAAGCUUUCAUCUGAAAUAAAAAAAUGUUUACUGAUGAAUUUCUACUGGUCGGUUUAUGUAGCUUAAAUUACAAUUUAGGAAAAUGUUUCUUAAAUCAAAUAACAUGCAUCGCAGUGAAGAAGGCAAAGUUUUAUGGGGCCACUUGACAGUUUUUAUUUCUGCUAAAUCAAAGAGCCAUGCAAUACUUUUAAAUUUAUGUAAUCUAAUGCACAUGGCAAUGCAAUAUUUUUGGUAACUGUGAUUUCUUUUUAUGUAUUAUAAUUAAAUAGAUAUAAUAGUUUGUGUACUAAUUAAUGAUGUCGGUUUGACUUAUAUCUUUAGAUUUAAGUAUUUUUUAGAAGUAUAUUAUAGAAUUUGCAAGGUGUAAGAGUUUUUAAUAAAUAUUCACAAAAUAAAAAUAUUUUCCAUCAUA